GCAAAUCUUGAAAUACAACUUCACACAAUCUUGUCAAAACGAACGAAAUUUCUAAAAACCUUGCGACAGCUGUUUAUUAAAAUAAAAUACAAAAGUAUUUUUAUCGCGUUCGCAGUAAAUAUUAUUUUUAUUGUAACAACGUCUUAGACAGAAGCUUUGUUAGUUGUUGUUGAGAACUAUUGCGGUUCGCUCGUUGUAUUUUUGUAGUGUGAUUAUUUAUUUGUUAAUUAAACGCAGUUAGUGAUGGCUAGUGAAAAACCAGUGUCUGGAGGUGAAGCUUCAAAUUUGGCGAGUUCUCAGGCUUUGCAACCUGCUGAGGAUGAAAAUGCGAAGUCAUGUUGGGUGUGUUUUGCAACGGAGGCCGAUGAUAGGUUGGCUGCAUGGGUACAGCCUUGUAAGUGCAUCGGGACCACGAAAUGGGUGCAUCAAAGUUGUCUGCAGCGGUGGGUGGACGAAAAGCAAAGAGGUAACAUAACUCGGAAAGUGCUGUGUCCUCAGUGCAAGGCAGAAUAUAUUGUUGUGUUCCCGUCUAUGGGUGCAUUUGUUGCACUUCUAGACGCGAUGGAAGAGAUCACUCACAAGAUUUGCCCGUUCAUCGCCGGAGGAGUACUCUUAGGCUCUAUAUAUUGGAUCGCGAUUACGUAUGGAGCUGUUACCGUUAUGCAGGUGGUGGGUCACAGGGAAGGAUUAGAGAUGAUGGAGUCAGCAGAUCCCCUUGUCCUGCUGGUCCUGCUGCCGACGAUACCAGUGACGUUGAUCAGCGCUAAAAUGUAUAACUGGGAGGAUUCCGUCUUACUCUUCCUGAGGAAGUACUGCGCGAAGAUACCCGCUCUCUCUUAUAUACUGCCGUUUGGCAAUGUGGAAGGCGACAGAGGCGCUUUAGUGGGUCACAACAACCAGCAUCAAACGAACAACUCUCAUCUAUCACCCACACGGAUCUUCUGCUCAGCACUCCUACUGCCGACCAUUUCCACAAUCAUAGGCAAAAUAUUCUUCCGAUCCAUACAAAACAACCUACACAGGACAAUACUAGGCGGUAUCACCUACAUCACGAUAAAAGGAGCUUUAAAAAUCUAUCACAGACAAAUGUUGUACAUAAGGCACUCGAGUAGGAAAAUUUUAGAUUACACAGAGUCAAAUCUGAAGUUGUACAGAAGUGCCGCCACCUCGACCACGACAGAUGCCAUAUCCAGCACGCGUGACGACACGGAACAAGUCGUCUAAAUAGUUUUAGUAUGUACAUAUGUAUAGUCGACUAAGUGCGCGAUGUUCGCGGGGUGAAGAUGCCUUUAGAGUUUGUACCGAACUUUAUACAAAUAAAUGGUAAUUUAUAAGGUUUUAAUAGAAGGUGUGAGGAUGAAAAUUGACUAGUCUUUUUAGAUGUCGUUUUAAAAUCGAAUCACAAGAUGUGGUUGUAUGUAAUCGUUUCUGCAGAGCCUUACUGAGAGGUGUGAAGAAUGUGUGUGGAGUCCCAUCACUAUUAAUAUUAGUAAGCUAGUCGGGGAGACAGGCGCGAUGAAUCAUUCGCCAUCCAUAAAGUCGUAAUCGAAUCGCGCCACAUUGAAAACGAGAGACAGGGAUGUGUAUUGCGUAGUGUUUAUAAACCAUUUAUAGAACAGUUUAUAAAUGUCA